CGCCUCCCGCGGGGCCCGGCGGUGGCGGGGGGACCGGGGGCGCGUCGCUGCUCCAUGUCGGUCCCGUCCUGCGGGAAAUAUGAUCAGCGCCCCUGACGUGGUGGCCUUCACCAGGGAGGAGGAGCUGGAGGAUGAUCUGUACCGCGAGCCGCCCCUGCCCGAGGAGUACUCGGUGCCGCUGUUCCCCUUCUCCGGCCAGGGCGCCAACCCCUGGGCCAAGGUCGCCGGCUCCAAGUUCACCCGGGACUUCAUCCUCAUCUCCGAGUUCUCGGAGCAAGUGGGGCCCCAGCCCCUGCUGACCAUCCCUGAUGACGCCAAAGUGUCGGGCACCUUCGAUCUCAAUUAUUUUUCCCUGCGGAUCAUGUCUGUGGAUUACCAGGCAUCCUUCGUGGGGCACCCUCCCGGCUCUGCCUACCCGAAGCUGAACUUUGUGGAGGAUUCCAAGGUGGUGCUGGGGGACUCCAAGGAAGGGGCCUUUGCCUACGUGCACCACUUGACCCUGUAUGACCUGGAAGCCAGGGGCUUUGUCAGGCCCUUCUGCAUGGCCUAUAUUUCUGCUGACGAGCACAAAAUCAUGCAGCAGUUUCAGGAACUUUCCACCGAGUUCUCCAAAGCCUCCGAAUGCCUGAAGACGGGGAACCGGAAAGCUUUUGCCAACGAGCUGGAAAAGAAACUGAAAGAUCUUGACUACACCAGGACCGUCCUGCACAACGAGACUGAGCAGCAGAAGAAAGCCAACGACAAGGGGUACUACACAACCCAGGCCAUUGAGAAGGCUAAUGAGCUGGCCAGCGUGGAAAAGUCGAUCAUAGAGCACCAAGACCUGCUGAGGCAAAUCCGGUCAUAUCCCUACAGGAAGCUGAAGGACUCUGAAUUCCACCCCUACGAGCCAGAGUGUGCCCUGGACCGGGCUGAUGUGGGCAGCCAUGAUCAGGACCCGACUGCCUCUGAGCCUGGUGAAACUCACCUUUACACCCACGUGCCAUCCUACACCCCCAAACUCAUCAAAGCCAAGUCUGCCAAGUGCUUUGACAAGAAGCUGAAGACACUGGAGGAACUCUGUGAUGUUUAUUUUUUCACCCAGACCCUUGACCAGUUGCACCAUAUCGAGAGGACUUUUCGAGGGGAUGUUUGUUACCUCCUGACAGAGCAGAUCAGCCGGGCUCUCCUCAAGCAACAGAGCGUCACCAACUUCCUCUUUGAGGAUGUGUCUUUCCUGGAUGAAAAACCUCCUGAAAAACAGUACAGAGGCUGCCAGGGGCUCGGCCAAGAUGUCAUGGAUGAAAAGUGUUUGGAAGAGUCCCUUGCUCCUAAAGUGGUCAUCAGCCUGGGCUCCUACAAAUCCAGUGUGGAGUGUGUGCCCAUCAAGAUGGAGCAGGAAAUGGAGGACUCUGAAGAACCCAAGAUGUCUGAGUCGGUGAUGUCUGAGCAGCAGGAGAACCUGGACUAUCUGGAUGCAGAUAUCAAAGGCAGCAUCAGCAGCGGGGAGAGCAUUGAGGUGCUGGGCACGGAGAAGUCGGGCUCUGGGCUGACCAAGUCGGAGAGCCAGGCCAGCCUGCCCGCCAUGGCCAGCCCCCAGGCCGGCCGCAGCAAGGUGGGCAGCCGGCGCACGGUCAGCGAGGACAGCAUCGAGGUGCUCAGCACGUGUCCCUCCGAGGCCCUCAUCCCCGAGGACUUCAAAGCCAGCUACCCAAGUGCCAUUAACGAGGAGCCCUAUGCGGAUGAUGACGAGAGAGGCCUUCGCUUCACCCCCAGAGCCAACUUGGGCGUACACCACGGGCAGGACGACAUCUCAAAGCAGGAAAGCUUAGUGCAGGUGGAUGCCGCCUGUUGUAUCGGGAAGGAGAGUCCCAGCUUCCUGGAGCCGCUGGCCGAGCAGCUGGGGCAGAGGCCGUGCGAGGAGGACGGGGUGGUGCGGAUCCCGCCGCAGCCCUACCGGGGCCGAAGCAGGGGCUGCGCGGGGGCUUCCCCUCCCACCAGGGCCUCUCGGGGGCUCCUGCCCUACGAGCUUGACUCGCGCCACCUGACGGGCAGCAGGGAGGUGAGUAAGAGCAGCCUGGACGAGUGCUCGGACUCCACCAGCCACAUCAGCAGCGCCGCCUCCACGUGCUCCGACAGGACCCCGUCCCCCGCGCAGCCGGCGUGCGCGCAGCCCGGGGACAGGCACAGGAAGAGGGCCGGGCAGAACGCGCUGCGCUUCAUCCGCCAGUACCCCUUUGCCCACCCCGCCAUCUACUCCCUGCUCAGCGGCAGGACCCUGGUGGUGCUGGGAGAGGACGAGGCCAUGGUCAAGAGGCUGGUGACGGCGCUCUCCAUCUUCGUGCCCAGCUCUGGUGGGUACACCAAGCCCGUGAAGCACUGGGUCACCUCCGCUCUGCACCUGGUGGAUUUCCAGAAGUGGAAGUUGAUUGGACUGCAGAGGGCAGUGUCCCCUGCCGGGGUGAACGUGCUGCACGCCCUGAGCCGCUACAGCCGCUACCUGAGCAUCCUGGACGCCGACAGCAAGACCCUGCGGUGCCCCCUGUACAAGGGCAGCGUGGUGGCCAGGCUGGCCGACCACCGCACCCAGAUCAAGCGGGGCAGCACCUACUACAUGCACGUGCAGAGCAUCCUCACCCAGCUGUGCUCUAAAGCCUUCCUCUUCACCUUCUGCCAUCAUUUGCACCUUCCCAUCAGUGAAAGGGAACCGGAGGAAUCCGUUGUGAGUCGCAGGAUGAACUUCCUAAAGCUUCAGCUGGGCCUUGCCAAUGAAGAUAUCAAAAUCGUGCAGUACUUGGCUGAGCUGCUGAAGCUGCACUACAUUCAGGAACCGGGGCAGGGGGGGAGCCCCCUGCUCAGAUUUGACUAUGUUCCCAGCUUUUUGUACAAAAUCUAGCCUUGCUCAGGCCGUGUGCCCACGUGCUCGGGGUCUGACAGAGCUCAUCCGUGCUUGGUGUUGCCGCUGUCUGCAGCAGCUCUCACACAUGGGGAAGGGGCCCAGGUGUUGGUGUCUCUGCUCCACAGAAAUCCGGGGCUGUGGGAUCGGAUUUCCGGAUUUCUGGGUGUUCCCUGUAGCCAAAAGCAUAGGUGUUCCAUCACAUAAACCAUCAGGCACUCUGUAAAUGUUAGAAGGGGCACUGUUAAAGUGGAUCACGGCAGCAUCCCGGGGGGUUAUGGCAUGAGGGGAGGUGAUCUCGGGGAUCAGUACUGACCAGUGUGCAGCCCCCCAUAUAGCACAGUGUCCUGCAUGCUUCUGCCAGAGCCCUGAGCACUGUCAGGCCCUUCCAGGGCUGUGACCAGAGGUGUAAAGGCCAUGUGAAGUUUUGCAUCCACCGAUGUGACUGUCAUGGGAGUGUAGCUCAGAGCCCCCUGGCAGGGCAGCAGCUCACAGGUCUGUGCACAGCCACAGUGGGUGCUGUCCCUUCCUGCACUGAGUUUCUGGGCACUUCCCAGGAUAGGCUGUCCCUGGGUGAGUGGGAGCACAGUGGAGGCAUACCUGCUUCUCUCCAGAAAGGGUUUCCCAGCGUGGUUAAAAUCAGGAAGGUGGAAGCAGUCCCUCCCUGAGCCCCGAGGCGCCGGCCGCUGCGAAUGUAGAGCACUGUGCCUUGUUCAUUUGUCACAUCCCGUUUGCUGGGUGUGGAGGGAGCCUGGGCAUCCUCAGGCUGCAGGGAAACUGGGGAAACUCAGUGCAUGUGAGGUUGGGGGUGGCUUUUUAAAGGCAGAAGGGAACUGAAGGAGGGGGAGGGCCCCGUUUUUAGGUGCUUUUUGUGGUGGGGAAAUGAUGUGAUUCAGCUGGAGCCACGCUGUGAGACAGCAGGCUGUUACCACAGGCUGGUGAGGUGCAAGUGCUCAGGAGAGAUCGGGGAUGAAUGUACUGGAUUCUAUGUUUUAUUCAUAAUAGUUUAUUUUAUUUAAUUUUAUUUUGUUGGGGAGUUGGUGUUUGUGCUUUGUGGUGAAACAGAGCUGGCAUUGCUGCCUGCUGCUCCUGGCUGAGCCGUUGUCAUGUCCUGACUACCUCUCCCAGGGCUCCUGGGUGGCUCUGGAUGGGGCAGAACUGCUGCUCCCUGAGCCUGGGUACUGAGAACUUUCCCUUUCAAAGCUUCUGUGCCAUAAAGGAGGUACCACCAAGGUGGUGACACUCCCAGGUCGUUCUGUCAGUGCCCAAAGCUUUGUGCCCAGGCACAGCGCUUCCCUCUGGAGUCUCGUGGGUGAUCCUGGGCCUGGGCUGCUCUGCCCAGUGCCAUGCGGCAGCAGCAGCUCCCAAGGUACUUCUAAGUAAGAAAAGUCUUUCUAGGAAAGCUAAUCUUGGUUUUAAUUCUUUUUAAUGCUGAUUAUGGGGUGAGAGCAGCUGACAUCAUGCAAGAGCUGAUCUGUUCUUUGGUUUGUUGUUUUUUUUUAAACUUCUGUUUAUGGUGAUAAUGUGAGGCAGCUUUGGAGGUGAAUGUGAUCUUCCUUCUGAGCUUGGGAGGUUUCUGUGUACAGCCUGCGGUUCCCCAGCAUGGCUUAGACCCCACUGAGACUUGCUGUGAGACCUGCACUCCUCCAAAACCAUGUCUGGAGGCAGGGAGGCUCCUUGGGGAGGCUGUCAUUUUGCACCAGCAUCAGUGGCUCAGGAUCAUGCCACCUCCUCCUGUCCCCCUGGAAAGGCUCUCUGGGGUACAAACCAACAGGACAGAAAGUUGUUUUUAAGGUUAUUGCUGUUUGUGGUGGCUCAGCCAAGUUGGCCUUGUGGUUCUCUCCAGAGGGAUUUCCAGGGUCAGGGGUUGCUUGUGAUGGUGUUUGGAGGUCGUGGUUGGAAGCAGGGUGGUGUGGCCUUUGCUGAAGGUGAGCUUCUCACCUUUGUAGCGUGUUCAAAGCCUUUUCCUGUCCUGCCUGUGCCCUCCUGUCUCAUGUAAGCUGAGUCUGCUGGUGAAAGGCCUCUGUGUACAUCCAAUUUUCUGCUUCCUGACGUGACUCAAGGUGUCCCCUGAUUGAUUCAUGCACACCCAAACUUCCACACUAAUGCUGAGGUGAGAUUCCCUGGGGGAAGAGGGAGAUGAGUAAUGCAGGUGACACCAAGCCGAUGAAAGCUCCCAGCAACCUGCUCUGGAGCAGUGCUCAAACCAGGAGCUUGUUUCCUGCUGGGAAACCACCCAGUGCUGUUUGGGUUUGAGGAGGGAGGGAAGGACAGACAGACUUUUUUCCUGCUGACUCACUCACACGUCUUCCUCCAGCACUGAGUGGGAGAGAUGAUUCGUGGUGGCUCAUUUUAGUCACAGUGGUUUCGACCUGUGGUGUUCAGCUGUGCUCAUAAAUUGAUAAAUAACUCACUUCUUGCUCCCUCUGUCCAACCUGUAGUAUCUGAUAUUCAAGGCUGUGUUGAGCAAUACUUGCACUGCCACCUGUCUGACCUGCUUCACCUCUCUGCCACAAAGCAGCUCUGACUGGGGAGGAUGCCCCAGGGGCUGGAACAUCACCCCAUUCUCAACAGGAGCUCUGGGAUUAUCUGCAACUGGGAGCUGUGGAGAAACACACCCUGGAGUGCUUGUCCUCCUCUCAGCAGUGUAACCUCUGAACUUGGACUGGAAAAGGGGGAGUUGACACCGGGCUGUGGCACCUCUGGGCAUUUGGAGCCCUCUCUGCUUGUGGUGGCAGAAACUGGGGGGGUUCUGAGGGCAGCUGGUGUCUGGGAGCUGAGUUCCUCUUUCCUCUGUAAUUUCUCUGUCUCUGUUCUUCUGCUGCUGUACAGUACAGAUCCCUGUAUUGGCACUUUAGGAUUCCCCCCAUCUCUGGUGUGGUACCUCACCAGUUUCUGAUAUUCACAGCCUAACAACAAACCACAGCCUUUGCACUGACAGCUCUUGCCAUGACGUGUGUCUCACCGUCUUGCCUGAGCCAUCCUUCCCCGAGGAGCAGGGGGUUCCUGGCAGUGGCAGUGCCACCCUCACCAGCCUUUCAGCUGCCAGAGCCAGCGGUGCCCUGCAUGGCCGUGUCCCCUGCUUCUGUGAGUGCUGCCAGCCCAGCAUGUCCCCGCUCCCGUACGGCCCCGCUGGCUCCCCCCGGCUGCCAGGGAGGAUGGGGAGGUGUUCACCCGAUCAGAAUUCAUCAGAGCAGAAGCCUCUCCCAGCCAGGAGGGAGGGCUCCCGUUCCCCACUCCUGCUCUUCCCAGCCCCUGCUCUGCUCUCCACUAACCCCCCCUGCUUCCAGCUCCCACCCCAGGAGGCUCAGCCAUAGCUGUAGGUGAUCUUAACCCUACAAAGGUUUCAUUUCUCAGAGAACAGUGCUCAGAUUUCCUUUCAUCUGAUAGCAAUCACUUCUGAGCAGCUCCACGGCUGCCUUGCCUCGGCAGGGAGGAGCUGCCUAUAC